GGGGCAACAUGGCGGCACGCAUAGAGAGCACGCUGAAUGGGGGAAUGGGCUUUGGAGGUGGGGAGGGAAGGCUUUUCUCUGCCUCUGCAGGUACACGAGGACGGAGAAGAGCAGGGUGUGCAGCCUGUGCUUAUCACCUGCAGCUGUCCCUGCACCCCACAGCCAACCCAAGUUUGUGACGCCUGAGCAGGAUCUGACCCAGGAAGGCAAACAGAAGGUUUAGAUCUUGGCAGCAUUCAGCCAAGAGACGCUUCCAGAGCCAGGAAUAACACGUCUUGAUGUGCCAACACACCUUGAAAUCCAGAAAAUUGCCCCAAAAUAGGCAUGACUCAGCAAGCACCGUAGUGGGCAUGAUUUGCUUGGGUGACCCCGUGGGUAAGGAGCCAUUUGUUGGACACCACGAUGUCGUUUUUCACAGCCCUGUGAGCGCAGCGUCUUAAAUUGCCCUCCAGACAUUCCAAAUUUGGAGAGCUCAAAUGGCAAAGGUGAAAUGGGCGUCAGCCCUCCGGGAUGAAGGAAUCUCUGCCGGGGUUUUCCGUUGGAUCACAGCAGGAGGAUUUGCUUUCCUAAAGCAUUAGAGUGACGUGGAGAGCCCAAAUCGGACCCAGUGGCCACAUUCUCCCAAGGGAAAACCCUUCGGGUGCCCCUACGGUUCCUUUUCUAGCAUGAUAACAAACUUCUUUUCCAUCCGCCCAUCCCCUUUUGGGUUUGGAGGUUGACAAAUCCCCACUGAAAUUCCUAUGUUGCACACAUGUCCUUCAUUCUUUAAUUAGGAGUUAGCAAAGGUUCUGCAUUGACUUAAUUCAGAGCGAGAUCAACAAUUUUAGGCAUUCUUUAUGAACUUCACAUUGUUUUAUGCUGAUAAGCAGCAAAAAAAACAUACAGGAAUAGGAGUAUGUCUGUAGGAGUGCUCUGCAUUUUCUUGCUCGUUUGGCUGAUUAAGGAAGCUGAGAGGAAAUGUUGUGAAAUAAUCCCAAGUGAUGAGAGACUGUGGGUAUGGGAGGAGAUGCCCUCUGUCCUGGUGAGCAGUAGGGACAGAAGACCUGAGCUCAUUUCAUAUAUCUGUAUAUUAAGGCAAUGCUAACCAGUGCUGUCGUGUUAUUUGGGGCCAGGAGUGGCUUCUGCCCCGUUGGUGCCCAUAAACCAGUGCUGCCCCAUUUGGGAUUGGGGUCUGCUCGCAGACCACAUCCACCAACCAACCCAUGGCUGAUAGCAGAGAGGCGACCAGGUCAACCCUCCAUAUAUCUCUGCAGAAACCUGUUCCUGUCUAUACAGGGAUCCCCAUCCCUCCCCCAGCCCUCCUUCCAUCCUCGGCAUUUGGGUUGGCUAUAAUUAGGCUCUGGGAACGUUCCCCUGCUGCCAGCACAGCUGUCGUGUCUGCAAUGAUCCUUCCAGCUCUCUGCGGACACGCAAACCCUCCAGCAAUCCUAAAUACCCAUUUCCUGCACUCCUGGGACAAACUGGGAGCUGCCAAAAAUCUCCAGCCCCCCACAGACGUGACCAUCACAGCACCAAGGAGCAGAGCAAGCGCAACGUGAUUACGGUGCAGGUCGGGGUGGACAUUUGGAAGUGGUUCUGAUUGGGAAGAGGAUGUGAUGAUGGCAUCAGGGAAGAGGAACGCGGAUCUUGAAGAAUGGGAUGCAAAAAUCAGGAAGCUAACAGAAGAUUUUGAAGGGAGCGACACAGAGCUCGAGGAAUGUGACACAGAAGAUGGGGAUCUCGCGGCUGAGAUCGACAAUCUGACUGCAGAGCUCGAGGAACGUGAUAGGAAAAUCAGAAAGCUCACAUCAGAUCUUGGUGAUGUUGACACAAAGCUCAAGGAACGCGACAGGAAAAUCACCAAACUCUCAGCAGAAAUACGCAGACUGACUGCACUGCUGGGGGACCGUGACUCAAAGCUCCGCAAACUGACAGCAGAACUCGCAAAGUGCGAUGCAACGAUUAGACUGUUUACAGUGGAACUCGGAGAGCGUCACACCAAAAUAGGGGAACUCACUGCAGAAGUUGGGGACUACAACAGGAAACUUCGGAAACACGCAGCAGAACUUGAGGAACGCGAUCUGAAAAUCAGGGAACACGAAGCAGAGAUACGGCGCCUCACUGAGCUGCUCGAGGACCGCGAUUCCGAUGUCCGAGAACAGGACAUCCUCAUUAGGAAACUGUCAGAAGAGCUCGAGGAAUUAAGGGGUCGGGAAGUUGAGGAGAGUGAUCUGGAGAGGGAGGAACAUGAUGCCAGAAUUGAUGAACUCUCAACAGAAGUUGAAAAACGAGAGAGAAGAAUUGAUGAACUCACUGCAGAGCUCGAGCACUACAAGGCAAAAGCAAGAAGAUGUUUUGAGGAACACAGGAGAGGCGAAGAAAAGUUGGUAAAUGUGACUCUGGACCCGGAGACGGCCCACCCUCGCCUCGUCCUCUCCGAGGACCAGAAGAGCGUCCGAUGGGAAUACAGCCUGCAGGAAUCCCCCGACGGCCCCGAGCGCUUCGACGCCGAUCCCUGCGUGCUGGGUUGUGAAACCUUCACCUCUGGGAGGCACUGCUGGGUGGUGGAUCUCACAGAAGGGCAGUACUGCGCCGUUGGGGUCAGCAGGGAGUCCCUGCCCAGGAAAGGAGCCGUCAGCUUUAACCCUGAUGAAGGCAUCUGGGCUGUGCAGCAAUGGGGGUUCAAGAACAGAGCCCUCACCUCCCCUCCGACCCCACUGAACCUUCCACGGGUUCCCAAAAAGAUCCGCAUCUCUCUGGACUACGAAUGGGGCGAGGUGGCGUUUUUUGAUGUGGAGAACCAAAUGCCCAUCUUCACUUUUCCUCUGACCUCCUUUGGUGGGGAGCGGCUCCGGCCGUGGUUCUGGGUGGAGCUGGGCUCCCUCUCACUGCCCAGAUAACCCCGGAAUCCCUGGAGGUGCUGUGGAGGUGCCUUACAGCAGCUCUUCCAGACCGGGGUGGAAAAACUCUCAGGAAAAGCAGCAUUAAAACCUCAUUCUCCCUCUUCCCAGUCAACCAUUGUCAUGCAAAAGAAAGGAAACCCAUCCUCAAUGUCAUCAGCAUCCUCUGUGUGUCAUGUCUGGUGGCCCCCAUUGAUGUAUGGGGUGGCUCCUGUUGGUGUCUGGUGCCCCCUAUUGACGUAUGAGGUGGCCCCCAUUGACGUGAGGUGGCCCCUAUUGACAUAUGGGGUGGCUCCUGUUGAUGUCUGGUGCCCCCCAUUGACAUGAGGUGGUCCCCAUGACCAGCCCCUACCCUGGAUCCAAUGCCUCCUGAUUGCAGUUCCAAACUCUAGGGACGUUAAACGACCCACAGAGAGGAUGGGGUCCUCUUUGGUCUGAUGGAGAGAGGUUGGCACCAGGGUAAGUCGCUGCCUACAUCACCACUGGUGUUUUGUCUCAGCAGCUGGUGUAAAUUUCUGCCGUCUGGGCUAUUUCUGUAGAAAGCAAAGAAGCUCUGCUGGUGGGCAGCUCAUCUCCCAGUGUGAAAAAGCAAAAUGCAACGCAUGCACCCUGCUAUCCAUGUGGCCAUCCCUCUCCAUCAGCUGUUGAAGGAGAAAUCUGCACUCAGAAGAGAUUGAAUUGGGCUCAGAUCUGGCUUGGGAAGAUGAUGAUUCCAACCAGAGUCCAGGAGACUUUGGGGAAUGCAUGAAUCCUAUAGGAAAAUGGAUAACCCUUCAUCCAAGAGCAAGCUGGCAUGAUGCUCUGGGGUGAAAACCCAUAAUGCCACCUGGUUUUAAGGUUUGGGGUGGCUUACAACGUGCAGCUCUGCUUCCGGCGAGGCACUGGGAGCCCUAAACCCAUGGAGAGGUCAAACCAGUGCUGGAGGUCAUUGUGGGCCCAGCUGCAAUGGGAGGUAGGCAAUUAUGGACAUCGCUGAAGCCACCCUACGCUCUGGGGAACUUGGGUUUUCACCUUACACUGCACUUUAAUGGGAUUUCUCAUCAAUGUCUGCAUGUUCUUGGCCACCUGUUUAAAAAUAUAAUAAUAAUAAUUAAAUCUUUUGCCCCACUGCGGGAUGGGCAGCUGGUGGUUCCCAGCUCACAAUAAACCACACUUGAGACUCCCUGGA